UCCGCUGAGACAGCUGCGCAGUGUUGUCAGCGUCUGCCCGGCUCUGGCCCCUCGGCCUCCCGCCCAAGAUGAUUCCUGCGGUGGCCUUGCUCUUACUUCUGCUGGUUGAACAAGCAGAGGCCCUGGGAGAACCUGAACUCUGCUACAUCCUGGAUGCAGUCCUGUUUUUGUACGGCAUCAUCCUCACCCUGCUCUACUGUCGACUCAAAAUCCAGGUUCGGAAGGCAACUGUCGCCAGUUAUGAGAAAUCAGAUGGCAUUUACACGGGCCUAAGCACCCAGAAUCAGGAGACUUACGAGACCUUGAAGCAUGAUAAACCACCACAGUGACUGUAGGACAGACACCUUUGGUCCCAUUCUUCUGAUCCUGGUCCUUUUCCCAGCCCACAUGGUGGCAUCAGAGAUGCCUUUAUACUCUAAUGUGAUGAUGCUACCCCUGUGAUGAUGCUCUGCCCCCUGUUAAUGGACCUCAGCGGUUCCUCCUUCCGUCAAGGACCUUUGCUCAGAUGCUAUUUGUUAAUGUUGUAUUUUAGUCUCACUCCUUGACCCCUGCCCUCUCCUCUCUCCCACCCUCAAUCCCACUAACAAUGGAAAGGGAGUGCCACGAAUAAAGAACUAUAG